GGAAAAUGUUGUUUUCUAUUUCUUUUCCGCAGAUAUGACACUCGGAAUUCAUUUUAAAGAGCUCAGCUACGGUUAUAUUAAUCAGCAAAAACGUGAACAAGAAGAAGAACGCGAAGAAACGGCACAGACGGCUAUCUCCGAGUCGUUACAUGUGUUAUGGCAGGAAAUUAUGGCACGCGGGUUGGAUAUAGAGGGAAUCUUUCGACGUUCUGGGACUGCAGCAGCAAUGAAGCAGCUGCAAGGCCAGUUGGAGGAUAUGAAAAGACGUUCAGGCGAUGAAAAGAAGCACGCACAGGUCGAUCUUUCAGCCGCACCAAUUCAUUGCGUAACAGGAUUACUGAAACGGUAUCUACAACAAAUGAGCGAGCCCGUCAUACCGACCUAUUUACAUGAUACAUUCUUGGAACUGUAUGACGAACAUGACUCGGUGAUUGAAAAGAAGCAGAAGCUGAGAAAAGCUGUGACGUUACUACCAUUGGAACAUUUAAACUUGCUGCAGUUCAUCCUUGAGAUAUGUGAUUGCGUCUGUCAGCACCCAAAAAACCGUAUGACGCCUCAAUCCAUGGCCAUUAUCUUUGCUCCAACGUGUACGCGACUUGAUGGGUUGAUGAAGAUUGCUGAGUAUCCAAUCAGAUCUCGUAAUGGUUUGACGAGAAAACUAUCUAAUCUCCUCGCCACAUUACGGCGACGACAUCGCUUUGAUAUGCAAGAAGCAGCUCUUCCAGAGCGAUUUUCACGGGAUGAUCCGCUUCCAGAACAGAACAUCAUCAAAGCUACGGUAGCAUGGGUUGCCCUGUUCACUUUUAUGAUUGAAUAUGCACCAACAUUCCUCAACUUACAAUCAGACAUCGAAGUAAGUUCUUAUCUCCUCGGCCAACGGAGUUUGUUACUGAUGUUUCUUUGUUUGUUUCCAUAGGAACCAGAGUUGUGGUCUGUAUCGACAUCGCCACGCGCAUCGGAGGAAAAAGAGCUAAACAUAUCAGCCUUUCUGGAAUCAAGAAUUUUCAAACAUUGGAAAUUGUGGGAUCAAUCAAGGCGAUCCAAUCGCCACGUUGCUUCCGUUGUUUUGCAUUAAAUAACUGUUAAUUCGUACAAUAAAAAAUAAAGAGGAAAAAAGUGCCAAUUUUCUUGUUUUUUCCCUGAUCCCAUCGGAGAUGAAACUGACAAGUAAUCAGAAUCAGAGUCACACCCUUUUUCAGGAAUGGGGGAAAAAAAAAGUACUUCCACGGAAAAACACAGACCGC